UCCAGGGGGGUGCGCGGCUGCUGCGGCUGCGAGACAAACACCGCGCCAACACAUACACAUACGGACAUACCUCGCCUUCCUCCUCCAUCCCCCUCCCGUCCACACCAAAAGGAGAAGGGGGGAGAGAUCUGGAGAAGGAGAAGGCCAUUGCCCCGUGACGGCUUGAGCUUCUUCUCUGCUCUUUUUCUCUCUUCUCUCUCGCGUGCUUUCUUGCUUCGCUUGGCUGAGGCGCCGGCCAUGGCCACCAUCCUGGAGAGCAUCCAGAAGACGAGGUUCCUGCCGACCAGGCCGCUCAAGGACGAGCUGCCCACCUUCCAGGGCGGCCUCGGCGGUGGCGGCGGCGGGGGCGGCAAGGAGAGCCACCUCAUGGGCCUGAGGAAGCGGCUCUCCUCCUUCUCCGGCAAGAUCCAGCCCAUCUCCUCCGCGUCGGCCGAGUGGGCGUUCCGGCGCUCCAAGUCGGCGCCGUCGCUCGGCGCCGCGUUCGCGGCCGGCGGCGGCUCCCUGCGGCAGUGGUGGGCGUGGGGCGUCGGCUGGCUGCUCUCCAAGAAGCCCGGCUUCGCGGGGGACCUCGAGAUGAACGAGAAGGAGGUCGCCGCGCUCGGCCGCCAGAGCCGCGGCAGCUGGGGCCACAUCCUCUACAAGAUGCGCGCCGGCGUCCGGCGCCUCGUUAUGUCCACGCACUCGCUCCCCAACACGCAGAAGCAGUCCCUGCCGUCGGCGGCGGCGCAGCACAGCGCUCACUGCAAGCCGGCGGCGGCGUUCGCCUACGCGCAGAGGCAGAGCUUCCACCUCAACGGCCACGCCAUGGCGCACUAGGGAGCGUCGCCGGAUGCGCGCCGGGUUCCAGGUGCGUGAGACCGAUGGUGAAGAUAUCGCGAUACGAAUAUAAGUGGGAAAAAAAUUAGCCCGGUGAUUGAUGAAUGGUUCAAGUGAAAUGUAGCGUUGCCGUCCCGUUCUGUGUAGAUCUAGUGCCCCUGUAGGGGUGAAUUUGUAUGCUCGUUCUUUACAUUCUUUUUGGGUUCGCUGGAGAUUGUAAAUGUAAAAUGUUUGGUUGAUCUUGUAUUGCCUUUUUUUUGCCCCCCGCAGUAAAUAAAUCUAAUGCAAAAUCGUGCUCCUCUGUUC